UUAUACAAGCCUGCAGAAAAAGACCAUUACCCCACUCUAUCAGUGCAACUACUUUCGCCUUUGUACACAGGGAACGAGGCAUUUUAGACAAUGGCACAGAUCUUUGUAGACAGCAAACUGAAGCCAGGCAAAGUCACUCUAUUUGAAAAGCCUUCAUGUCCAUUUUGUAUAAGUGCAAAAGAAAUUUUAGAGAAAUACAAGUUCAAGGAAGGCCAUUUGGAAAUAAUUAAUAUCUCCAGCCAUGAGUUAAUGGGCAGCAUUCAAGACUAUUUUCAGCAAAAAACUGGAGCCAGGACGGUACCUCGGGUGUUUAUAGGAGAAAAUUGUAUUGGUGGAUGCUCAGACCUGACGUCUCAGGAGAAUAACGGAGAGCUGCAGAACACGCUGCAAAAAAUAGGAGCCCUAGAGUAAUGAGGAUGACUCAGCUGUGUAACAUGAAAAUUUCCAGUGUCGUUUCCAAGCAUUUGUUAAGACUGAUAAUGAUUUCCUGCUGCCUGCAAUGAAUAUUUACAAUAAAUUGAUUCAUAAUCCUA